ACUCUAGUUACACUGCAUAUCUCGUUGGCCUGAUUGAUGCUCCCCACUUUUAAUUCCCACCCAGCACCAGUAGAAGAAUCACCAGCGCAGCCAUCAUCACUCAUUCACUCCCUCACUCAUUUCUUGCCCCCAAAUCUACACACACAACACACACUGACCUCGCUCCAGUUCCCAGACCGAUUGAGACAUUGAAGAUAGAUAAAGCUAGAAAAAGGGGCUCUGUAUUUUGUCCUUUGUUUUUGUUUUUGUUUUUUAGCUAUUUAACUUGGAGAGGACUUUACAGCUCAACCUCACUCUCUCUAACUCUGCACUUUGAAUCGAGGAGAAGAUUUCACCUUUUUUUGGGUUUUUUUCAGCUUCAUUUUUUAGGCCCAGAUCAAAUCUACCCAUUUCCAGGGACUUCUUUUUGGUGGCCGGUUUGCAGAUCGAUAAACUUGAUAGCUAUAUGUCUGCGAGAGACUUGAUACUGUCUGGUACAUUAGAUGAUUUGUCAUAACAUUAUUAUGCUUGACCAGUGCCACAAUGAGCAGUCUCUUUGGGAAUUUUCAGUGGCCGUUGCUUCAAUGCAUUCUACUACUUUGCACAUUGGCAAAGGAAAUUCGGACACUUAGUCCGGAUGGUCAAGCGCUCGUCAAUUUUAGAACAGCCAUUCUUAGUUCGGAUGGUGUUAUCCAGCAGUGGAGACCAGAGGAUCCUGAUCCAUGUGGGUGGAAAGGAGUAAAAUGUGAUCCAAAAUCCAAGAGAGUUAUAUCCUUGAGUCUCCCUGGUCAUAAGUUGAGUGGAUCUAUCUCACCAGAUAUUGGGAAGCUAGACCAAUUACAAUUUCUAGCUCUUCAUGACAACAACUUUUAUGGGACAAUUCCUUCAGACAUAGGAAAUUGCACCUAUUUGGGAUCAUUGUUUUUGCAGGGUAAUUACUUGAGUGGAUUGAUUCCCAGUGAAUUAGGAAAUAUUUCUGAGCUAGAAAAUCUGGAUCUCUCAAGCAACUCCCUUAGUGGAAGCAUUCCACCAUCACUGGGAAAGCUAAACAAGCUUGUACUUUUGUGAGUACUCUCUGUGGAUCUUGAUCAGCUCUGAAUAGUUUCUUCAUGUCUAGCAUUGACGUAUAAUUUCUUUCAA